UUUGUCGCAUGCGGUUUGUUGUUUUGUCUUGUUCCUUGGUGCAAGGUGGUGCCGGUAUUAUCCCAAAUUGCGUAAAGCGAGCGCAGUUUUCGAUAAGUUUUCUUUGCCGAUCGAAUCCCAGACAAGAUGACUAUCAGCAAUUUGAUACGUUCGCGCUACUCGCUAGCUGCCGCUAAAUCGUUUCUGGAGAACGUGAAAUCAUUCUCCAGCCAUGCAACGUUUGCGGAGCACAAGCAGCUGGAAAAGAUUCGCAACAUCGGCAUCUCGGCACACAUCGACAGCGGCAAGACGACGCUGACCGAGCGCAUCCUGUUCUACACCGGGCGCAUCAAGGAGAUGCACGAGGUGAAGGGCAAGGACAAUGUGGGCGCUACGAUGGACUCGAUGGAGCUGGAGCGGCAGCGCGGCAUCACGAUCCAGUCGGCCGCGACGUACACGAUCUGGAAGGAUCACAACAUCAACAUCAUCGAUACGCCCGGGCACGUCGACUUUACGGUCGAGGUGGAGCGUGCCCUGCGCGUGCUGGACGGUGCGGUGCUGGUGCUGUGCAGUGUCGGCGGUGUCCAGAGCCAAACGCUCACCGUGAACCGGCAGAUGAAGCGCUACAAUGUGCCGUGCUUGGCGUUCAUCAACAAGCUCGACCGGUCCGGGGCCAAUCCGUACCGGGUGCUGGGCCAGAUGCGCUCCAAGCUGAACCACAACGCAGCGUUCGUGCAGCUGCCCAUUGGGGUAGAAAGUAACUGCAAGGGUGUGAUCGAUCUCGUCAAACAGCGUGCACUGUACUUCGAGGAACCGUACGGGCUGAAAAUACGGGAGGAUGAAAUUCCGGCCGAUAUGCGCACGGAAAGCGCGGAGAGGAGGCAGGAACUGAUCGAACAUUUAUCGAACGUGGACGAAAAGAUUGGCGAACUGUUCCUGGAGGAGCGGGAGGCGACGGUGGACGACAUUAUGGGUGCGAUUCGACGGUCGACGCUGAAGCGUGCCUUUACGCCGGUGCUUGUCGGUACGGCGCUGAAGAAUAAGGGCGUUCAGCCGCUGCUGGACGCGGUGCUGGACUAUCUGCCCCACCCGGGAGAGGUCGAGAAUGUGGCGCUGGUCGAGAAGAAGGACGAAGAACCGCAGAAGGUGCCGCUGAAUCCGGCUCGCGAUGGAAAGGAUCCGUUCGUUGGGUUAGCGUUCAAGCUGGAGGCUGGCCGGUUCGGUCAGCUGACCUAUCUGCGCUGCUACCAGGGCGUGCUGCGCAAGGGUGACAACAUUUUCAACACACGGUCGGGCAAAAAGAUUCGCCUGGCGCGGCUGGUCCGGCUACACUCCAACCAAAUGGAGGACGUGAACGAGGUGUACGCUGGGGACAUUUUCGCACUGUUUGGUGUCGACUGUGCAUCGGGCGAUACGUUCGUCACCAAUCCGAAGCUGGAACUGUCGAUGGAAUCGAUUUUCGUACCCGAUCCGGUCGUGUCGAUGGCAAUCAAACCGACCAACUCGAAGGAUCGCGACAACUUCGCCAAAGCGAUCGCGCGCUUCACCAAGGAAGAUCCAACGUUCCACUUCGAGUACGACGCGGACGUGAAGGAAACGCUCGUCUCGGGUAUGGGUGAGCUGCAUCUCGAAAUCUACGCCCAGCGCAUGGAGCGGGAGUACAACUGUCCGGUAACGCUCGGCAAGCCCAAGGUAGCGUUCCGCGAAACGCUCAUCGGACCGUGCGAGUUUGACUAUCUGCACAAGAAGCAGUCCGGCGGGCAAGGACAGUAUGCGCGCGUUUCGGGAAUACUGGAACCGCUGCCACCGCACCAAAACACCACGAUCGAGUUCGUGGACGAAACGAUGGGCACGAAUGUGCCGAAACAGUUCAUCCCCGGUAUCGAGAAAGGAUUCCGCCAGAUGGCGGAAAAGGGUCUCCUAUCGGGCCACAAGCUGUCCGGCAUUAAGUUCCGCCUGCAGGACGGUGCCCACCACAUCGUAGACUCGAGCGAACUUGCGUUCAUGCUGGCGGCCCAGGGCGCCAUCAAGAGUGUGUUCGAAAACGGUAGCUGGCAGAUACUGGAACCGAUCAUGAUGGUGGAGGUGACGGCACCGGAAGAGUUCCAGGGCACGGUGAUUGGGCAGCUGAACAAGCGGCACGGUAUCAUUACGGGUACGGAGGGUGCCGAGGGUUGGUUUACCGUGUACGCGGAGGUGCCACUGAACGACAUGUUCGGGUACGCCGGUGAGCUGCGCUCGAGCACGCAGGGCAAGGGUGAGUUUAGCAUGGAGUAUAGCCGCUACUCGCCCUGUAUGCCCGAGGUGCAGGAAAAGCUGUGCCACGAGUACCAGGUGUCGCAGGGCCUGGUGGUCGACAAGAAGCAGAAGAAGAAGAACUAAAAUGUGCUGUGUAUGUGGGGGAGAGAUCGUGGAAGUAAUCAAUCUGUAAAUAAUUCGAGUGUGUUAAGUUUAAACAUUAUUUAAGGCGACAUUAUUUGGUACGCGACGGAAUUCCCCCGCUACAGGGGAGAAAUAAAUCAUUCAAAAAAAGCGAUUCUUAUUAACCUUA